GUCCACCCGGUGGCCGGUGCGGUGCCGACUGCUCCUCGCCUGUCGCCUCGCACACCGGAUCUCGUCGCCGCCCUCGCUUCUGUAGUUUGUUCCUCGCGAGAUCUCGUGCGCCGUCCGUCCUACCACGCUGCCCUCUGCCGCCACCGCCACCGCCACCGCCACCAUCACCACCUGCGCCGGCGCUCCUCUAGGACGCAGUUCGCCUCCGACCCCGACUCCAGAUUUUACAUGCUUCUCUAGUAGUCCAUUGGAGUAAUUAACAUCGAUUACACGGUCAUGGAAGAGCACCAAGUCAAGCCAUCGGAUCUGCCACCCACUAGUUUGCACAACCAGGAUUCAGCCGCAACUCCUGUUACCAGUGCUGACCCUGCUCGUCCUGCUGCUUCAAAUGAUUCUCCCAGUCAGGUUGCCAGUGCAGCUCCUGCUGCUGUUUCUGCACCUACCGCUGCUCCUGCAGAAGAUGCUGCAGGGCGUGAGGCGUCAGCAUCUGUGUUCUCUGCGUCUGGUUUAUCCUCCUGGGCUAAGAACCUAAAAAUUCCUCAGCCUUCACCAGGUCAAGAAUCACCUACAGGAAAGAAUACCUUUGCCCGUUUAACAAGUGGCCUUGGACUGCGUUUGUCUCCAAAAGCGGCACAGCAAGAUGAGGGUGCUGAAGGAAGCACCUCCCCAACAACAGGACAGCCUGGUGUUUUUGGUUCUUUAACGAAAGGCAUUGUGGAUUCCUCUAAGAAUGCUGUAAAGGCAGUGCAAGUCAAGGCUCGCCACAUGGUCUCACAGAAUAAAAGACGAUACCAGGAAGGAGGAUUUGAUUUAGACAUGACAUAUAUUACUGAGAACAUAAUUGCUAUGGGUUUUCCUGCUGGUGAUUUGAGUUCAGGGCUUUUUGGAUAUUUUGAGGGUUUCUACCGCAACCACAUGGAGGAAGUCAUCAGGUUCUUUGAAAUGCACCAUAAGGGGAAGUAUAAGGUGUACAAUCUUUGUUCUGAAAGGCUAUAUGAUGCAUCUCUUUUUGAAGGAAAGGUGGCCUGCUUUCCUUUUGAUGAUCAUAACUGCCCCCCGAUACAACUUGUCAUAUCAUUCUGCCAUAGUGCCUACUCAUGGUUGAAGGAGGAUAUAGAAAAUGUGGUGGUUGUCCAUUGCAAAGCUGGUAAGGCAAGGACAGGAUUGAUGAUCUCGAGUCUUCUACUAUUUCUAAAGUUCUUUCCUACUGCUGAGGAGUCCAUUGAAUACUAUAACCAGAAAAGAUGUGUAGAUGGAAAAGGGCUGAUUCUACCAAGUCAGAUUAGAUAUGUGAAGUAUUUUGAGCGCAUCUUAACUUACUUCAAUGGUGAAAAUCAGCCACCCAGGAGGUGUAUGCUUAGGGGGUUUCGUCUUCAUAGAUGCCCCUAUUGGAUUAGGCCAUCAAUUACAGUCUCUAACCACAAUGGUGUUCUUUUUUCUACAAAGAAGCAUCCAAGAACAAAAGAACUAAUGCCAGAAGAUUUCUGGUUUAGUGCACCAAAGAAGGGGAUUAUGGUUUUUGCAUUGCCGGGAGAACCUGGCUUAGCCGAGGUAGCUGGUGAUUUCAAGAUCCAGUUUCAUGAUCGACAGGGAGAUUUUUACUGCUGGCUAAACACAACAAUGAUGGAGAACAGGGUAACCUUGAACCCAACUGAUCUUGAUGAUUUUGACAAGAGAAAACUGCCCUCACCUGGAUUCCAGAUUGAGGUUGUCCUGGUAGAUUACGAUGGCUCGCAACCAGCAAAACCAAAACCAGGCGCUGGACCUGCUGCUGAUAAAUCUCAUGCUGAUUCCUCGGCUAGCACGGUUGCAAAAGAAAAUAGUGCUGCACCUGAAGAAUCCAACAAGGGAACUGGAAGCAAUAAUGAUAGAGAUGAAGUCUUCUCUGACAGCGACGGGGAGGAUGGAUCUUCUAACGGAAGGAAGGAGAAGACUGCCGGCGGUGGUCAAAGCAGUGUAAAUGCUGCUAAACCAUCCCAGACAGGCAACAUGGAGGAGGCGGCGGCAUCUGCUGCUGCUAGCAGACUGGACAAAGUGGCUAUAAGCAGCGAACAGGGAACCACAAAGGCACCUGAUGGUACAUCUCUCAAAACUGAAGUCAGCAGCAAGGCCAGCUCCACCACAGCACCACCUCCUCCAGCUGCUGACUCUUCCAGCAUGAGCGAAUUCAAGGCGAUUGCCGCAGAUGCCUCGGUGUUCUCGUUCGGAGAUGAAGAUGAUUAUGAAAGUGAGUAAUGAUUCUAUGGGUGGGUACGGUGUUGAGUUUCCGCUGUACAGUUUGGUGCUUCUAGGACCCCCCAUCAUAGAAUGCCAAAGUCCAGAGAUGUUAAUUCAUUCUUGCAUUUCGUCUCCACUGUAGCAGUGUCAUCGGUCUGAUGUUGUACCCAGAUGAUGAAACUUGUUGUAACUCAACCAGGUCUUGAACCUCUCCUGUUUGUUUACAGAAAUGCCUUGUACACGAACUCACUUAAACAGCGCAACUACUUUUUAUUAUUGAUAGUUAAAAGUGUGGG